AUGCGACUGCUCUCCGUCUAUUGCGUCGAGCUCAACGGCUCUGCCCUAUCGACUACGCAAUGCUCGCAGCUCGUAGCACUGCAAGGGUCUCAGCUGGUGCUUCUUGUGUUGUGUAUGCGAAAGGUGCUGCAUCUCGCAGGAGCACACACCAGUGGCCUCAGAUACGUAAACGAAGUGGAUGUCGCGCUCUUCGCGCUUCAUUUGGUGGCCGUGAUGGCGGCAGUGGCCUGUUCCGUGGCUGUGACGGGGGUCGCAACGCUGCAUCACUCGUCUGCGUCUCUGGUGAUCGGAGCGAGUGUCGCGGCAGCAGCCUGGUGCUUCUACGGGGCUCAGCUAUUGUACGAGUUUCUGCAGUGCAGACAAGGAUGUAAGGUCAUCACGCUUGUGGUGGCACUGACUGCUACGGAGGAGUUCAUGCUGAGAGGGAGACCGGUGCAGUCAGAUGUGUUGGUGGUGACGUUGGUGCAUUGGCAGUCGCUGAUCUCGGCUGCGGUGGCGGCAUUUGCAGUGCUCAGAAGUUUAGAGAAGAAAAAUACGAUGGAGAGUCCGUUGGAUCGUGUAGGAUGGGGGCUCUCUCAACUCUCGUACCAUUGGAUCUCUCCGUUUAUUGCGCUGGGAAAGAAGCGUCGACUGGAAAUGGAGGAUGUUCCCGAUCUCCCGUUGAGUGACGCGACGUCUGUCGCUGCUGCGCGGUUCGAGACCGAGUUGCAGCGUGAAUUCCGCGAUAAUCGCGUGCCAGACUGGUCAUUCCUGCGUGUAACACGACGGCUGUACGGUGCUGACGUGCUCCUGUUCGCUGUAUGGUCAACUGUUAACAAAGCUAUUGGACUAGCGAGUCCGUUGCUACUGAAACUCUUUCUAGACUGGGCCGAUUCGCCGAAUCCUUCACUCUCCAAAGGCUACUACCUCGCCGCGGCAAUGGUAAUUAGAUCGAUCCUAUCAGCCGUGUCGGGUACACAGUACAACUUGGCUUGGAAGAGAUUUGAUCUCCGGGUUCGAGCUGGACUGGUGUCUGCUAUCUACGCACGAACACUGGAGCUAUCGGGAGAGGGAAGACGUCAAGCUGGAGGACUCGGGCGUAUCACGAACUUGCUCUCUGUUGAUGUGGGACGCAUCAUUGGAAUGCCCAGUACACUAUUCGACAUGGUCCUGAUCCCAGCAGAGAUCGCUGUUGCUCUUGUCUUACUGAGCAAAGCCGUCUCUGUUGCGUUCGUCGCUGGAGUCGCAGUACUGGCAGUCAUGCUACCGCUCCAGACUGUUCUGGGUCGUAAGAUCCAGAGCGUCACGGCUGAGAUGAUGCGCUUCCGGGAUAAACGUGUGGGUCUUGCAGCUGAAAGCCUCAAGGCGAUUCGAACUUUGAAGCUGCUGGGAUGGGUAACGUCUCGACUUGAGGCUAUGAGUGAGAGUCGAGCGCUAGAAAUGGGGAGAUUGCAAGUGCGCAAGUAUCUGGACGCCUUCUGCGUCUUCUUCUGGGCGUCCACGCCGGUGAUUGUACAGGUGUCCGUCUUUGCCACUGCAGUCUUCUCUGGACGAGACAUUUCGGCUGCAGAUGCGUUUACGGCGAUAGCAUUGUUGGACCGACUUAUCUUCCCCAUGAACUAUUUCCAGGAAGACAAGAGCAGAAAAUCUGAAACAAACAACGAGCCUCCAUCCAAUUCCAGUGAAGUAGACGAAGCAGUUGUGAGUAUUCGUGACUAUGAUUUUGAGUGGGGCUCAGCCAAGAUGGAGACUACUGAAGACGAUGACACUGAUGGAUCCAGCGCAGAGACGCCUCUUUUAAUGGAAGAUUCGCCUUCAUCGCCAUCAUCUCGUCACCACUUUGUACUGCGAAUCAAUCAGCUACAGCUACAACCAGGAUCGACGUAUGUGGUGUGUGGCUCCGUGGGCUCUGGUAAAUCGUCGCUUUUGCUUGCGUUACUUGGCGAAAUGUCAGGGCGAUCGAGUAAUGUUGCUGGUUCCUUCAAGUGUCAAGCGUCUUUACGUUGCUCGUACUCCCCGCAGACCCCGUGGCUCUUCUCCGGGGGUGUCCAAUCCAACAUAACUCUGGGUACUGAAGACGUAGGCGAAGAAGAUUCAGAGCGAUAUGAGCGUGUUCUACGCGCCUGCGAGCUCAACGUAGACCUUCACAAGGUAAAAUCUCCAUUCAAGGUGGCUGAGAGUGGCAGUAACUUCAGUGGCGGACAACGGGCUCGACUCAAUCUAGCGCGUGCUCUCUAUCAACGAGCAGAUCUCUAUUUGCUCGACGAUCCUCUUAGCGGUUUGGAUGUGACUACAGCCAGCAAAGUGGUGACCAACUGCUUCAUGUCAGGCUCCAGUCUCUUCUCGAAAGACGCUGCUGUAGUCAUCGUGACGCAUUCGCUUCACCUUCUGCCGCUUUUCCCUACCGACACACAGAUUCUCGUCUUGGAUGAUGGCUACAUUGUCGAGCAAGGGACUUAUAACACAUUGAAGACAAAAGACCCUCCCAGUCGCUUGGUCACCGUACUAGACAACUCUCCAAACGAAGUAAGCGACACCAACACCGAACCUACUGCUCAAUCAACUGAGGAGACAGCUGAAGCCGACGAUGAGGCCGAGGAAGCGACGGAAGAGCAGCCGUCCGAUGAAGAAGAACACCGUGAAUCUGGUGUCGUUGGGUGGCACGUCUGGAAAGCCUAUGCGACGGAUGUAGGUCGGAUACUCUCGGUUGUCAUUGUCCUGGCUGUAGCAGUCAUGCAGGCCUCUUGCAACUCACUAGACUGGUGGAUUGCUGUGUAUACGAACGGCAAGCAUUCCAUCUCCCCACGGGAGUUUGCUCUGGUGUUGCUUUACAUCGCUGGAGCGAACAUUGGGGCUGUAUUCGUCCGCUCCUUUCUCUUCGCCUACGGUGGUCUUCGAGCCGCGAGAUCCACGUACAACAAGCUGGUGCAGAGUGUGUUUGCAGCCCCUUUGAGGUUCUUUGAGCGCACACCUACCGGCCGUGUACUCAACCGACUGAGUGGAGACACGUACGCAGUUGACGAAUCUUUGCCUUUCAUUAUCAAUACUUUCCUAAGGGAUGCAGCGGGUGUGACAGGUGCGCUGGUAAUUCUCUUUUACGGGAACCGAUUGGUGUUAGUGCUGCUGGUUCCUCUUAGCGUCUUGUACUUCCACUUGCAGCGGUAUUAUCGUCCGAGUUCGCGUCACCUCAAGCGACUGGAUGCAGCUACCCAAUCGCCACUACUGGCCAUGUUUACGGAUACGCUGGACGGUCUCACGGUUCUCCGUGCUGCAAGGAAACAGCAGCAGUACAUCCAUGGCUACGGAGUGCGUUUGAACCGAAGUCAGCGUGUUUCUUUGCUCGGUUCAACGACUGGUGCGUGGUUCGGACUGCGCCUCGAUAUGCUCGGCGUGUGUGUAACCUCGUUUGUCGUUAUAUUCGCCGUGGCUGACUUCAAUCUCACGGGGUCUGUAAACCCUGGUAUCUUGGGUCUCACCCUCACGUACGCGCUUCCAAUUGUGGGGAGACUCAACGCCAUUCUCAAUAGUUUUGUGGAUACUGAACGGCAGAUGAUUGCUGUUGAACGUGUCAAGGAGUACGCCGAUUUAGAGCCCGAAGAAGCUGUCGUUGGAGCUACCAAGACAAGUGAAUUACCGCAUUUCUGGCCGACAGCGGGUCACAUUUCGAUCAAGGCGUUGACUGUAACUUAUGGCCCAUCGACCCAAACUUCUGACAAGGUUGAUGCCGAGUGGGAGUGGGUGGGGCCACGAGUAGUAGCACCUGCGCUGAAAUACGUCACGUGUCACAUCCCAGCGGGUCAGAAGCUCGGUAUCUGUGGACGUACAGGUGCCGGGAAGUCGACGCUGUUGAACGCUCUCUUCCGAGCUGUCCCGUGGGAACGUAGCGGUAGUAUCUUGAUCGACGACGUGCCAUUGGACUCUCUUGGACUUCAAGACCUGCGGUCGCGACUUACGUAUAUUCCCCAGGACGUGGUGCUUUUUUCGGGUACGGUACGCUCCAACCUCGAUCCCAGCGGAGCAUUGGAAGACGAACGCCUUUGGACGGUGCUGCGAAAGUGUGGAGGACUUGCGAAUGCUGUUGCUAAGCUAGAUCGCGGCCUAGAUACUGUGGUCGAAGGUGGGGCGGAAGAGACGUUCAGUCAGGGACAAGCUCAGCUGCUUUGCAUCGCAAGAGCACUACUGCGUCCCUCGAAGGUUCUUUGUAUUGAUGAGGCCACAGCAUCUAUUGAUCGUGAGACUGAACGUGCCAUUUCGGAGUGCUGA